AUUUCUAGGUUACCUCUUUUGCUGACUUCACGGGCAGUCUCUUUCCCGAUGCCGGUCUAUUAUGUCUAUAAAAGUAGUCUGGUUUUAAAUUGUUGUCCUAUUAGAAUGUCGACUAUUGGUGUUGUUCUCGACGUGGAUGUAACGUUCGUUUGAUCAGCGUCUGUGUCACUCACGAAACGGGAGAGAUGAAGUUUUCUCGUCGCAGUACAAAUUUUCAACACCGACAUCUGCCAAACGGACCAAAUUUCAUCGGCAAAGAAUUUCGUCGCCAGCUGCUUGUUCAAUUGGACAAUGUUGCUGCAGCCGAUUCGGGAGAAAUUCAACCGGCCACUCCUGCUUCCUUCUAUGAAGAACUCCGUCGGCAGGUUAUCAAAGGUGGUGUCCCUGAAUCGCUGAUUCCUUCGUUCAGGUGUGUCCGCAAUACAAUUUAUCGUUACCGUCAAAAUCGUAAACUACUUGAGACACCAAGAAAUUUGGAUUCCAACAAAGAAAACAGAGAAGAAAAUCAUUUAUUAGUUUCAGUGGAAGAAUUAUCUACUAGUCUUGACUCUCCACAUCCAGAAUCUUCGAACUUAUCGUGUGAAGAGUCGGUUUAUUGGUCAGAACCUGAGCAGACGGAGCCUUUGUGUUUGGUGACGAGGAAAAAUAAUAAAUAA